AGUGGCCUGAACUGGAUGCAGGCAGAGGGGCUGUGGUCAGCAGUGUUUGGGCUGAAGAGGGCAUCUGGGUUGGAGUGCAGACCCUUCCAGAUGACCAGUGUUCAGGAGUUCAUGACCUUCACCAGCCAGCUGAUUGUGGAGCGCUCGGCCAAAGGCAACAGAGCUUCCGUCAAGGAACAAGAAUACCUGUGCCACGUCUACGUGCGGAAUGACAGUCUGGCGGGAGUGGUCAUUGCUGACAGCGAGUACCCGUCCCGGGUGGCUUUCACCUUGCUGGAGAAGGUGCUGGAUGAUUUCUCCAAGCAGGUGGACAGGAUCGACUGGCCUGUCGGAUCCCCUGCUACGAUCCACUACACAGCCCUGGAUGGCUACCUUAGUACCUACCAGAAUCCCCGAGAGGCUGACCCCAUGAGUAAAGUGCAGGCUGAGCUAGAUGAGACCAAGAUCAUUCUGCACAACACCAUGGAGUCCCUGUUAGAACGAGGUGAGAAGAUAGACGACCUGGUGUCCAAAUCUGAAGUGCUGGGAAUUCACUCUAAAGCCUUCUACAAAACGGCGCGGAAGCAAAACUCGUGCUGUGCAGUCAUGUGACCGUAGUCCGCAGAGGCCCCCUUGAUGCAUCCCCGUCAUUCCAUCAGAACCGCGGCUUUGGGACAUGCCUCGGCCACAGCAAGACUAGAGCACCGUCACCGUUCACCGGAGCUCCUGGAGGCACCGAGGCAGCGGAAGGGACCUGGGGUGGGGAAUG